AAUAGUAAAAUUUAAAAAAAGGAACUUUAAAUUAUAGAAAUGAUGUAAAACUUAAGUUUUGGUUGUUCUAAAAAAGAAAAUCAGCAAAACUUGAAUAACAAAAAUAAAAAUAUAUUCUACUAAAAUAACUCAAAUUUUAUAGUUUCCUCACAUAUAAGUUAGUCAGCUAAAAUAACUGACAAAAAAAAUUUAUGGAAAUCAUUAUUAAAUGACAUGGUUAAGUAUUACGUUGAUAAGAAUACUAAAAUCCAACUUUAAGAGGAAACUAAAACAGAAAAAGUAAAUUCAGAGCAAAAAGAAUUAAAAAAUCUGGGAAAUUCUAGUGCUUGCAGAAAAGCCUAUUAUGAGAGGUCUUUAUCAGUUUAAUCUAUAAGAAAAAGAAUUUCUUCACAAAAGACUUACGAUAUCCCAGUAAAUAUUAAUGAAUCUUAAGUUAAAGAUAGAUAUAGUUCAAAUCAAAUAUUAGAAGAAAAUGACUCUUGUAAAGAAAAUACAAAAUGCUCUAAUGAAAAUUUAUAACCAAAAUUUCUUAUAAAACAUCAACCUAAAUGUCCCUCUCAAAGCCUAGAUAAGUAGAAAAAGGAUUCAAAUGAUAGUAAUAAACCAUAAAUUUGGCAUUCUGAAAAUAAUGAAAGCAACUCAAUGUAAUAUCCGAAAGUAGCUGCUCCCUUUUAAAAGAAUACAAAUUUAAAUUUAAGAUAAAGAAAUUCUUUAAAUACCAUAAGAAAACUCACCUAAUAUAGCCAAACUAAUUUAAAAGAUGAAGAUUUAAAAAAUGAAAGAUUUACUAAAAAGAGAAGCUUAAUAAAUAAAUGCUUUAUAGGAGAAAAUAAAAAUAAAAAUUUGGAAGAAGAAUAAUAAACUGAGAAUUUAUAAGAAGAGUAGUCAACUAAUAAUAGUAAUGAAUAAGAAAAUACACUUAAUUUAUCAAAUUAAAAAAGUGAUGAAAUCGAGCUCCCCAAUAGAAUAGAUCAAUCAUAAGUAGAAUAAAUGAAGAUAUAGCUAGAAUUGUAUAAGAAAUUCACUCCAUAUUUUGAAAGAAGUAAAAUUAUAUAUCAUUUUGAAUAAUCCCUUUCUUAUAUCUAUUAGUUUAGUGAAAAUGAGUAAAAUUAUAUCGAAGCUUUACAGAAAUAAAGGCUUAGAAAUAAUUUAAAUAUUGAAAAAAUAUGUCAAAAUCACUAACAAGAAGUUAUUUAAUUUGAAUAAAAAAUUGAAAGCUAAAACAAGGAAAUUAAUAAAUUGUUGGAAUAUCAAAAUUUAUACAAUUAAUCUUUGCUUAAAAUUUAAAAUUAAUAAGAGAAAAUAAGCAAAUAAGAAUCAACAAUUUAAGCUUAUUAACUUCAAAUUUAAGAAAGUGAGAAAUCAUUCGAAUAAUAAAACUCUUUGAAUAAGGAAUUAAUUUAAUAAAAUGAAUAAAAAUUUUAGGAAUAACAAAAUACUUUACUUACACAGAUAAAUGACUAAAAUAUUUAGAUUGAUCAAUUGAAUAAAGAUUUGAGUUAAUAUUAAUCUCUCUAUCAAGAAUCUUCAAACAAUAACGAAUAACUCAAAUCAAAUAUAUUAGAAAAAGAAAAAAAAAUAAAAGAGCAAAUAGAAUAAAACGCCUAAUUAGAAAGAGAUUUAGAAAACAUAAAAUAGCAAUUAACUUAAAACUAGUAAGAAACAGUUAAAAAAUUAUUUUAAGAAUUGACUGUUGACUAAAAUCAAGCACAGAACAUUGAUCAAUAAGUCUAGUAAGUGCUUGUUUAAUUAAACCCUAAGACAGAAAUUAACACAAAUAUGGUUUAAUUCACAAAAGCUCAUUAAAUUAUAAACUAAAACCAGCCAAGUGAACAAGAAAAAUUUAACUUAAAAUAAAAGAAUGAUUAGAUAGUGCAAUAGUUUUAUCAAAACUUGUAAAAUAUACAAAAUCCCAAAUAGGAAUCUAUGUAAUGCCUUCUAGCAUUACAAAAUAUGUACAAAUAAGAUGGAGUACAGACUUUCAUAACUGAUUAGCAGAUUCAAAAUUUAGAAAAAGACCAAAAUUACUUAAUUUAAUAAUCAUAUCUACAAAUUGGUUUCCAUAACCAAGCAGCUUACUUUUCUCUUUAAAUUGAUAAAAAUUCUUCUCUUUAUGAAAACUUAAUGAGCAUAAAGACAAAGCAACAUUUAGAUGAAUUUUUAUCUAAAUUUAAAGAAAUGAUAGGCAAAAUGAUUAACUCUCAAACUCCAUAACAAGAUAUUACUAUUGUAAGUAUAUCUUUUGAUUAAUAACCUUAGAUAGACUUUAAAAUUGCUUCUUAAUCAUUAACUCGUUAAGAAAUUAAAAAAAAACUGACUUUCUAGGACUUAGGACUCUCAUUAAGUGAAAAAAGUUUAUUAGAAAGCGCUAAGCUAACAGUUGACAUGUUUAAUCCCUAGUUUAAUAUGGAAUGGGGUGAUAAUUAUAAGGGAAGAAAAGAAGUAAGAGGUUAACUGUAAAUUUAUAAUUAAAAAGAACCUGUAGAUCAUAACUAUCACUUCCCUGUAGGUUACAAAGGAUUUGCAUUGAAUAUUGAUAGAUAUGGUCAAGAUAAAUUAUGGAUUUCCUAAAAUGCAGAUUCAAAAACUUGGAUCGUUCUUUUUCAUGGCACUAAAGAAAAAGCAAUUGAGGGGAUAAUGAAAGAUAAUCUAGCUCCUGGAAUGAAUAACGCAUAUGGAGGAUACAUAUGUAGAAUUACAAAUACUAAAAUAAAGGAGGGAAAAAAUGCAAAUGUCUACCUAACUGAUGACUUAACUGUGGCAGAAAAAUAUGCAACAGCUACAUCAACUCACAAUGGUAAAUAAUUUCAUAUUAUAUUUCAAUGUAGAGUUAAUCCAAAAGGUGUUAAAAGUCCUGUUCAUUAAACUAACUAUUACACAGUUGAGGAUAACUUUAACAUCAGGCCUUAUAGGAUUCUUUUGAAAGAAUACCAACAAAAAUCUGCAUGA